GCAGACCUCUGCUCGGCUCCUGCAGCACCUCUCCUGCCACAUCUGCACCCUCCCGAGGCGCAGAGAUGAGCCAGGCCAGGCCUCGCUAUGCCAUCGAACGUGCUGCCUACUCUGUCAGCCUCUUUGAUGAGGAGUUUGAGAAGAAAACCAGAGCUUACCCCGUCGGGGAGAAACUGAGAAACCUUUUCAGAUGUUCAGCCUCCGGGUUCAGGCUCACCCUCUUCCGCCUGUUCCCCAUCCUGGGGUGGCUGCCCAGGUACAGAAUCAAGGAUUACAUCCUGCCUGACGUCCUCGGGGGGCUCAGUGCGGGGACAAUCCAGGUGCCACAAGGGAUGGCUUUUGCCCUCCUGGCCAAUCUGCCUCCUGUCAACGGCCUCUACUCCUCCUUCUUCCCCCUGCUCCCCUACUUCUUCCUCGGGGGCAUCCACCAGAUGGUGCCAGGGACCUUUGCUGUCAUCAGCAUCAUCGUUGGCAACGUCUGCAACGAGCUGGCCCCGGAGUCGGACUUCCAGUACUUCAACCAGACCAGCAACGAGAGCAGAGUGAACACCACGGCCCUGGAGGCGGCCAGGCUGGAGAUCUCUGCCACCCUGGCCUGCCUGACAGCCGUCAUACAGCUGUGCCUGGGCUUCCUGCAGUUUGGCUUCGUGGCCAUCUACCUGUCGGAGUCCUUCAUCAGGGGCUUCAUGACGGCGGCGGGGCUGCAGAUCCUCAUCUCCGUGCUCAAGUACGUCUUCGGCUUGACGGUGCCGUCUUACACCGGGCCCUUAGCUAUCGUCUACACAUUCAUUGACAUUUGUAAAGGUCUGCCCCAAACCAACCUGGCCUCCCUGGUCUAUGCCCUGGUCAGCUCUGUGCUCCUGAUCCUUGUCAAGGAGCUCAACCUGAAGUACAUGAAGAAGAUCCGGAUGCCCAUCCCGAUGGAGAUCAUCAUUGUGAUCGUGGCCACCGCAAUCUCCGGCAGCUUCAACAUGCCCGACAAGUACGGGAUGCCGAUAGUGGGGAAAAUCAGCAUGGGGUUCCCAGAGCCCACCCUGCCCCUGGUGAGCAAGUGGAAGGACAUGGUGGGCACGGCUUUCUCUCUGGCCAUCGUGGGCUACGUGAUCAACCUGGCCAUGGGGAGGACCCUGGCAGCCAAGCAUGGCUACAACGUGGACCCCAACCAGGAAAUGCUGGCCCUGGGCUGCAGCAACUUCUUUGGAUCCUUCUUCAAAAUCCACGUGAUCUGCUGUGCCCUCUCUGUCACCCUCGCCGUGGAUGGGGCAGGAGCCAAAUCCCAAGUGGCAAGUUUCUUUGUGGCUCUGGUGGUCAUGGUGACAAUGCUGUCCCUGGGAAUCUACCUGGAGCCUCUUCCAAAGUCCGUGCUGGGAGCCCUCAUCGCUGUGAACCUGAAGAACUCCCUCAAGCAGCUGGCUGACCCCUUCUACCUGUGGAAGAAGAGCAAGCUGGACUGUCUGGUCUGGCUCGUGAGUUUCCUCUCCGCGUUCUUCCUGAGCCUGCCCUACGGCGUGGCGGUGGGCGUGGGAUUCUCCGUGCUCGUCGUGGUUUUCCACACCCAGUUCCGCAACGGCUCUGCCCUGGGCCAGGUGACUUGCACUGACAUCUACAAGAACCCCAAAACCUACAACAAGGUCCAUGAAGUUAAUGGGAUUAAAAUCAUCACCUACUGCUCGCCGCUGUAUUUCGCCAACUCAGAGAUAUUCCGGGAGAAAAUCAUAGCCAAGACAGGGGUGGAUCCUGGCAAGGUGUACUUGGCCAGGAGGAAAUUUGUGAAACAGCAGGGGAAGGGCACAGCGCAAGCACCAGCAAAGCUCCCAAAAUUCCUGCUGAAGGAGAACAAGACCUUGUCUUUGCAAGAGCUCCAGAAGGACUUUGAGAGCGCCUCUCCAACAGACACCAACAACAACCAGACCACUGCCAACGGCGCCAGCAUCUCCUACAUCACAUUCCGCCCUCCUGGCCCCGGGGCUGGGCCAGGGCAGAGCCCUGGGGAGCUGGGCAGCAGCAGCAGCGCCCUGCAGGGCACCAGCACCACCCUGCAGGGUGGCAGCACCCUCAGCGUCCUGCCCGCAGCAGACACCGACCCUGUGCUGGCGGCACCGCCCUACGUCAGCUUCCACACCAUCAUCCUGGACAUGAGUGGGGUGUGCUUUGUGGACCUGAUGGGCACAAAGGCUCUGAGCAAGUUGUGUUCCAGUUACCAGAAGAUUGGGAUCAAAGUGUUCUUGGCAAACGUGCAUGCCCAGGUGUACGACGACAUCAGCACAGGGGGAGUCUUUGAGGAAGGAGGUCUGGACCCAAGUCACAUCUUCCUGACCAUCCACGAUGCUGUUUUGUUUGCACUGGCCAGUAUCAGAGAAUUUGUCCACCCACCCAUCUUGGAAGAGAGGCCGACGCAGACAGAGCUCUCCAUCUACGAUGAGUCUGUGGAUGAGGGCAGUGCAGAGUACAAGAACCUGGAGGAGGAGAUGUUUGGGAGCAUGUUCCACUCAGAGACCCAGACAGCUCUGUGAGUUCAGCCAGCACUGGGCAGACCCUCCAGAGGAGACUCCUCCAGACCCUCCAGAGGAGAUCCCUCUCUCUCACGUCUCCAUGGAGAGCUGUGCUUCUACCUGGGGAUGCAACAGGUUUGCAACGAGGCCAUCACCCUCCAGAACUGCCAGAACCUCUCCUCUCCCUGCUCUUCUCAAGGCAAACUCUCCAGAGGAGACUUUUCCAGAGGAGAAUCCUCUCUCCCACCUCUCUGUGGAGAGCCGUGCUUCUGCCUGGGCUUACAACAGGUUUGCAAUGAGGCCAUCACCCUCCAGAACUGCCAAAUGCUCGCUGCUCUGCUCGUGGCAAACCCUCCAGAGGAGAAUCCUCUCUCCCACCCCUCCAUGGAGAACUGUGCUUCUACUUGGGGUUACAACAGGUUUGCAAUGAGACCAUCACCCUCCAGAACUGCCAAAUCUUCUCUCCUCCAUGCUCUGCUCAUGGCAGACCCACCAGAGGAGACUUCUCCAGACCUUCCAGAGAAGAAUCCUCUCUCCCAUCUCUCCAUGGAGAGCUGUGCUUCUGCCUAGGGUUACAACAGGUCUGACACGAGGCCAUCACCCUCUAGAACUACCAAAUCCUCCCCGCUCUGCUCGUGGCACUCAGAGCAGAGGACUCUGAGCAGGCAGAGCCGGCUGGGGCAGCAGGAGCUCAGCAGAUGCCAUCUGAUGGAUUCUCAGCUGGAGGGGACAUUCAGCCACGCCUUUGCCCCUCACCAUCCUCCUGCCCACCUGGAAUUGCAUCCCCUGGCCGUCCUGCUCCUCACCUUUCCCUCCUCCCUGUUUCCCCCACCGAGUAAAACACAAGCAAACCCUGAGAGCCUUUCAGGAGGUGUGGCAGGGCAGCUGUGCCAGCUGCUGCUGCUCUCUGAUGUGCACUGACCCCCGAAUUCCCCUGCGUGUCUCUGCAGCCUCUGCCUCUCCUCCUCUGAGUCCCGGCGUCCCAAAAAACACUGCCUCGGACCAGUGGCACCCCAAAGACCUCAGGACUCUCUCAGCAGGGCUAAAUUCUGAAAUAUAUAUAUAUUUUUCUUACUAAUAGCACAGGUUUGUACUCAGAAAUAAGAAUUAUGUGCACGUUGUCCUGCCUGCCCAGUGGGUUGCAUACAUGAAAACAGAUUUUAUUUUAAAAUGCUAUUUCUGUUUUAACACUCUAAAAUAUUACAAACAUAAGCGAGUUUUAGUGUAUGGUUUUGAAGUACACAGAUGUUAUUGAGCUGAUUGCUGAAGGCUUCCUGGGCCUUUCCUGCAGCUCCCAGAUGUCUCAUUUUUAAGGAAAAUAGAUUUUCCUGAACCAUCCUUGCUAGACAGCCACUGAAGGAAACAACAGCAGCAGCCUGCCAGUUUGGUUUUAUGUAACAUCUCAAUAACCAAGCCACCAUUUCUCUACCUCAAUUUCUGACUAUGUGGUGCAGGAGAGUAAUAAAACCAAAGGAGGGCAGAAAACCCCACUAGCUGAUGGUGAUUACUUAUUUUAAUCUUAGACAACUCUGGUUUCUCCAGAAAUCUCCAUGUAUAGCUUGUUUUACAAGGUAAAAGCAAGAGAUGAAGUCUCUUAAAUAUCUUUGAGGGUGAUUCCUCAUGGCGUUUUGUAUUGCCUGAGUGCUCCUUUUAAAAAGUGCUGAUUUGGAAAGAAAUUGGUGCAGAGCAACAAGAAACUGCCCUGAUCAAUGUUUUUGGGUCUCUGAGGUGGCAUCAAAUUAAAAGAGGGAAAUUCCAGUUCCCAGCUCUACAUUCAGGAUUCAUUACCGCAGGUUGAUUUCCCAGCCUGGGGUCUGACAGGAAAAUGCAGGAAUCCUCAGAGCAGAGGCAUGAAACAGAUUGUAUUUCCUGAACUUCCUACAAAAAUGGGAUGGGAUGUCAUGAGAAAUGGUUUGGAAAGAGCAGAGGUGGCUCUCCUGCAAAUCAUGACCCAGGCAGAAGGAAACAGAAUUUCUGUGGCCAAAUUCUGGGUCAGUUCUGGCAAUAAAUGUCACACCAGCAGGUAAAUGGCACUGCUGGAGGCAAUAUGUGGCCAAAGUCAUAAUUCCCAAGUGCCUGGGCAGAGAAUUAGGGGAGCUCAAAGUCACACUCGUGAAAUAUUUUCACUUCCAGUAAAAUAUUCCUUUUAUUGCUCUUAAGUAACAGUGAGGCUGAUGUGUUUUGGCUCUGAAGCCUUACUUGGUAAGUGCAUGAUGUAUAACCAGCUCAGAAAUGUUUGUAAUUUAUUUAAUUUAAUGUUGGUUUUGUUCUUUUUUCCUU